AUGGAGGUGAAGGCUUACGGCAUCGGGGUCGCCGUGGCCUACCCGCCGGACACCGACACGCCAGGGUUCGAAAGGGAGAACGUGGGGAAGCCUGAGGUCACCCGCUUGAUAGGCGAGGACGCGGGAGGGCUCUUCUCUCCGACACAGGUGGCCGCGACGAUGGUCAAGGGCUUGAAGGCUGGAGACUUCUGCAUCACGCUCGGCGGGGAGGGUUACCUCGUGGGGCUUGCGACGGCGGGAUUCGCGCCCUGCUUCUCUGUAUCGCGAGCCCUGUGCCAGGUGCUGAGUGCGGGGGUCCUUAGGGCGGCGUCCUUCUACUACAACUGGAGAUUUUACGCCAUGGCUGCCGCUGAAAAGCGGAGAAAAGACGUGUCGAGCGCGGCGGCGUCGGUAACCGAUUGA